UCUACCCAUAUCAUCUCCCCAAAUUGCACACAUUCUCUCACACUCUCUCACCCUCUCUGUGCAAAAGGAUACAUUAACACUCUCUCUCUCUCUCUCUCAAUACCCAAAAGCUACACUUUUGUAGAUUCUCUGUUCUUAUGACAAUCACAGUUUGAUUCUUUCCUUUCUUUUCAAAUUUCACAGUUCUUCACUUUCCUUCAAAUCUCUCCAAACCCAUCACUACCUUCUCCCUUUUCAUUCUUAAAUCUCUGUUAAUUACCUCAGAUUCCUGCCCUUCUCACUCAAAAUUCCUGUUUUUUAUUGAAUUAUUAUUGUCAAGUUGUAGCCUUUAUACGGUUUUUGAGGUUGGAGAUAUGAAUUGAAGCUGAAUUGGGAUUGACUAGGAGAUUAAUUGGAGCUUAAUUUAGGUUUUUUAUUUGUGGUUAGCUGUGGGAAAUAAAAGAAGUAAAAAAUGGAUAAGUACGAGCUUGUGAAAGAUAUAGGAUCUGGGAAUUUUGGAGUGGCCAGGCUCAUGAGGAACAAGGAGACCAAAGAGCUCGUCGCUAUGAAGUACAUCGAGCGCGGCCACAAGAUUGAUGAGAAUGUGGCAAGGGAGAUCAUAAAUCACAGAUCGCUUAGCCACCCACACAUAAUUCGCUUCAAGGAGGUGGUUUUGACACCAACCCAUCUCGCCAUUGUUAUGGAAUAUGCUGCAGGAGGAGAGCUUUUUGAGCGAAUCUGCAAUGCUGGAAGAUUCAGUGAAGAUGAGGCUAGAUACUUUUUCCAACAGCUUAUUUCAGGAGUCAGCUACUGCCAUUUCCUGCAAAUUUGCCAUAGAGAUUUGAAGCUAGAAAAUACCUUGCUGGAUGGAAGCCCAGCACCACGUGUGAAAAUCUGUGAUUUUGGUUAUUCUAAGUCAUCCUUGCUGCAUUCAAGACCGAAAUCCACAGUUGGCACUCCUGCAUAUAUUGCCCCAGAGGUUUUUUCUAGGAGAGAAUAUGAUGGGAAGAUGGCAGAUGUAUGGUCUUGUGGAGUGACUCUGUAUGUUAUGUUGGUCGGAGCAUACCCAUUUGAAGAUCAAGAGGACCCAAAGAAUUUCAGAAAAACUAUCAAUAGAAUAAUGGCUGUUCAAUACAAGAUCCCUGACUAUGUGCACAUUUCUCAAGAUUGCAGACAUCUCCUUUCUUGCAUAUUUGUUGCAAAUCCAUCCAGGAGGAUCACAAUUAAAGAAAUCAGGAACGAUCCAUGGUUUUUGAAGAAUUUGCCUAGGGAACUGACAGAGGCUGCUCAAGCCAUGUACUACAGGAGAGGAAAUAAUACCUUUUCCUUGCAAACUGAUGAAGAAAUCAUGAAGAUUGUGGAAGAGGCCAAAAUUCCUCCUCCAGUAUCUCGAUCUAUUGCAGCCUUUGGUUGGGGAGGAGAAGAAGAUGGUGAUGGGAAGGAAGAUGACACGGAGGCUGAAGAAGAAGAAGAGGAAGAUGAGUAUGAUAAGAGAGUUAAGGAGGCACAAGCAAGUGGAGAGUUUCAUGUCAGUUAAGGAUUAAUUUGCCCUUUAUCGGAUACCUGCAAUCUAAAGUUUUGGUUUUUGGAUAUCUAUAGGAUGCUACUGUGAUUGUUUAAAGCUUUGUUCUGAGGACAUGGUCUUGAAUAAAUGUUUGUAAAUUAUAGCGUAUUGGGCAGAAAGAGUGUGAUUCCAACUUAUGUGAGAAUUAGAUUGUCUGCUUAUUGAAAAUUUGGAAUUUUGAAGAUUUGAAGGAUGACUAUCAGAGUGUUCUGUUUUAUCUUUUUCCUUCUGAGGGUUAAGAUAGUGUCAUAAAUUAAGGGCAUUGUAUGGUCCAGGUUUGGAUUGAAGAAAAUCUUAUCAUCUGUAGUGUACAUUGUAUUGAGGGUCUGUCAGUUGAAGAACUUUAACAUGUAUUAGUGUAAUUUCUCUGUUUCGCUUCU